AUGCAACACAAACGGCAAAUCAUGGUGGCCCUCUUCGCUCGCGAGGGCCAUUGCUUCUCCCAAGACCGAAAGAAUAACCGCCAACUCGAACAUAACGACUUCCUCUGGAGUAUCAUAAUUCGUCCCAAGAGACCGCAGGGUCACGACAGCGACUGUUUCGACGUCCGACACACAAGCUCAGAGCCAGUCCGUCGCAACCAACCCAAGCCAAAAGGACAUUGGCAGUUCCGAGCCAUCACUCAAUACGAGCCAUCAAAGGACCGCCGCUUGCUGGGACAGUUGAUGAUCGGCAAGAUGCCUCAUGAAGUCAGUUACAAUGAGAUUAUGGAGCUUCUUAAAUCGAUUGAUCAUCCGCGCAAGGACGCUGAACAUCAUGAGAAUGGUAUCAACUGGAUCAGAACUGCUAUUCGGCAUCUCCAGAUGACUGGAAUUGGGGAGGAGUUUGAUGUCGACGAGUUCUUGGAUCACGCGCGUGAUCGUGCUAUGGUCGCGAGUCACGACGGUCGACCUUUUACUAUCAACUACACCUCCCGACCCAUGUAA